ACUUAGCCCCAAGUUCUUUGGUUGUUAAAUAUUGGGCUGGUUAAGUUGCCAUGUUCAUAAAAAAAAAAAAGAAAAAAAACAUUGGAGAUUUUCUUUUGAAGUAUUUCACAAGAUUAAUUUCUUCACCAGUAAUAUUGGAGAUUUUCCUGGUUAAAUUCAUUCUCAUUGUCCUUGGUCUGAAUGAAAGUGAACUGGAAUACAUUAUAUAGGGCCGUAGGCCAUAGGUAUCUCCAGAAUGAUCGAUGUUUCAGAAUCAUUUGGCUAAAUCCUCCAUGGAAGGUAAAUGGUGUAGUAGUUUUAACUGUUCAUGUUAGCAUGUGACUUACUAUAUUUUAAAUCAAGCUUUCUGACUCUGACACGCUAAAAUCUUGUAUAUCAUGUAGAUAAGGCAGUAAUUUAUACACAACUGUCAUUUCGAAAGCAAGGGUGUGGCCACAAACCAGAUCAAACUUUAUAUGGUCCCAGGAGCUAUAGUUGUUUGUUUUCCAUCCAUCAAACAAACUUAGAAAAACUGUUAAGACAACACAGAUUUUUUUUUUCUAUAGGUAUAUUUAAAAUCAACAAUUGGUCAGUCACAAAGAUAUUGAAUUACUGUUCAAAUAAUUCAAAUCACCCUCAAAUGUGGGUAACUUCUGCUUUCAUGUCUUCCACAAUGCCCUUUAUAUUUAGAAAGUGCAGUAAAAAUUCCGUUACUCAAAAAAGAGACGGUUUCUUCUGAAAAAAUUUUAUCUUUUAAUAUGCUGUUCUAAAUAUGAAAGGAUACUGCUUGCUUACUCAUCUUCAUAACUUUCUUUGACUUAUCCUUACUAAGUGUGUCAGAGUCAUUCACCAUAAUACCUUUCCCCUGGAAAGUUACAGUAGAGUCAAUGGAGCCGAGCGGUAGGUCUAUACUACUGCUUUCCACAAACUUAGAACGACUAGGGCAAAUACGAGUACAUUUAAUGCUAUUAUGCCGACACCAUGAACCACCGGCAAUCCAACUACUGUAGCUUGGUCAGUCAUAGUCAUAGAUACCAUCUCCGAAUCCUGUCUCUAUAAGCAUAUUCAACGGCUUGGCUGCGUUUAGCAAAGAGUUUAAAGCAUGAUCUAUGCAAAGGUGGCAUUCUAUUCUUUUUCUUGACAAAACCUAAAAGGAAACACUCAAAUUUCCUUCGGGUUUAGAACUGACAUUCUUUGCAACUUACCUCUUUGAUGGCGGGAUUCAACUUGAAACAUGUACUGCAUGGUAAACACAACUCACUGAGAUGCUAAGACAACUGUGUCAAACAUCAAAGAAUUGCAUAUCUGUUGGAUAAGAAACUAAACAACUAUGGCACCGUAUACCGCGUUUCCAAAGGGUACACCGUUUACGAGGAAGCAUGGAAAAUGGAAUACCAAAGAUUGCAUUAAAUGAUACUUAGCUCCAGCCAUAUGAAAAUGGUCCCAUAAUGUCUCUUAGAAAUUGCAUAUUUGCUUCCUGUUUCUCUAACAUCCCAGUAUAAAUGUCUAUCUCAGGAUCCGCAGAUCAGUCAGAGAACGAAACACAAAGAAUUUCAGUCUCGAAGAGCUCUUGAAUCUUGAUCACAUUUUGAGAUAUCUGUGAAAAUGCAGAUCUGGGAACGUCAUAGAGGGCUUGUCAUGCUUAGGCUUUUGGUGAAAAAGCUAAAGAGAGUUCUCUCGGAAUUACCAUCAAGAGGCCCUGAUCAGAAUGUUGUUGAGUUUGAUGAAGAUGUUGAAGAAACAGAGAAGUUACCGAAGGAUGUAAAGGAAGGGCAUUUUGCAGUAAUUGCAGUCGAAGAUGGAAAACCAAAGAGGUUUAUCUUGGAGCUGAGCUAUCUGAAGAAUCCAGCGUUUUUGAGGAUACUAGAGCAAGCAAAAGAAGAAUAUGGAUUCCAACAAACAGGAGCUCUAACAGUCCCCUGUCAACCUGAAGAGUUACAGACGAUCCUAGAAGACAGAAUAAAGAAAAAUGCUACUGAUUAUGUGUAAUAUAAGUUAAAUAUUACUAGCAUAUUCCAGGUAGCUUCUUGGUCGGUUAUAUCAUUUUCUGACAGGCUGAUUAGUCUGAUUGUUCUUUCCUAUUGCUUUCAUGAUGAUCACUAAUAAAAUGUUCGAAAGAGAAAAAAAAAAAAAGUUUUAGUGGUUCAUCUUAAGUAACAGCCAUGAAAUCAUUUUUGCUUUGUCCUGAAUACUUGUAGAAAACACUACUCUUACAACUUCAGCGGAAAAAAAAACCAUUUUUUUAAU